UAGAGGCGUGCCAAUCGAACAGGACCAGCGUAGAAGUGCUUCAGAAAUUGAUUUAAAAGAUGUUCCUUUAUUAUUUGCCACUUCUCUUUGCAAUUGCCUCAACGGAUGAAGUGACCACCCUCCCGAAAGACUGGAAUUUGACCAGUCUGGAAGAACGUCUGACUAAACUGGAACAGACGACAGAACGUCGACUAAACACCACAGAGAAAGUGUUAGGACAGCUACUGACAGGGAGAAGUGAUACUGAACUGUCAUCAAUUGAUGUUCUUGCUAUCAGAUCUGGUAUUCUAAUCAAACAAUCCGACCCCGUCCUUUUCUCUGCAUAUAAAUACUCAACUACAAACGAUAUAAGUUCACAGGCUAUUAUAAGAUUUGAAAAGACGUACAUCAACAUCGGAGGCCAUUACCACACAGAGGACGGAAUCUUUAUUGCUCCAACCACAGGUAUAUACAUGUUCCAUUGGACCAUAGUGACGGGAGGCAGCGAUUUUCAUACCCAACUGAUUGUUGGAGGUACAGCUCGCGCUUCAAGUUAUGUACCUUUCCCAGGAGGAUCAGACUCCAGUUCAGCGAUGGUGAUUAUAAGUGUUAACAAAGAUGAUCACGUCUGGAUACAAAUUUAUGGUUCUAUUGAGCAUGUCUAUGGUGGCUGGAUUGGUGUUGGAAGUUACAAACAGUCCACAUUUACUGGAAUCCUCAUAAAGACUAAAUAGACACAAUUUGCUCUAAUUUACGUUGGAAAAGAGAAAAUAACCGUACAUCAGCAGUAAAAAUUUUUUAACUAUCUGGAAAAAAUUACAUAUAAUUUGAAACAUUGAAAAGAUUGAGUUCACUCUCUUUGACUGAAUUAGCCUCAUCCAAUGUACACACAACAAAGCAAACUUGAUGACAAUUUAUUGCAUUUGCUAAAAUAUUUUACUUACCCCAACUAUUGAUAUUUGCAAUAGAACAUUGUCUUAGAAGAUACAUGUACAUGCAUUCAUAGUCUAUGAGGCCGGGAACUAAUCAUUCUGAACGUACAACGAAUCAUUACGUUGAUUGUAAGAAUUAAGCGUAUAGCGCAAACUUACUUAAAUUUCUUAUUUUCAAUAAAAACAUUUUUUUUCCUUGCA